CAACUAGAGCCCACUGUAUCCGCCAGAGCCCCUGCCACAACUUGCUGCACACGCAAGCUUUCUCCAGACCCUCGCGGAACUUGUCGCUCGGCCUGCGGCUUGCCGUCGUCUUAGCCGUGUCUUAGCGCACGAUGGCUCUAACGUGGGGAGACAUUGGCAAGUUUGUUCUGGCCAUCCUGCUGCCACCGCUGGGUGUCCUUACCGAAACGGAGAGCCUAAACAAGACCUUCUGGCUCAACGUGCUGCUCACGCUGCUCGGCUACAUCCCAGGCAUCAUCCACGCAGUAUGGGUCAUCCUCCGAUACUAAGCGGCGCCGCCUGGGAGGUCGAUGGCAGCCAGCGUGAGCGCCGGGCAAGGCUGUGUGCGCAUGGUGCUGGCUCAGCGCGCUGCUGGUCGACCAUGACCUAGACCAAAUUUACUGGACUAUGACUCGAGGAAUUUCGUGAUAGGCUUGUUGCGAACACAGUGGUGACAAGGGUAACGGGCCUCGAUUGGCUGACAUGCUACGAUGUGGUGCUGACAAGGACAUCGCGCACUCGGUUGGGCCCAACUGCACCCGUGCGCCGUAUACAGGGGCGGUAUUGCGCCUGCAUGAGCGCUUUGACAUAUGUAACUGUCGUGUCGG